AUGGCUGACAAAUGCCAGUCCUCCAAAAAUGGUGAAUCUUCCCUUAAAUACUGGUGGAUUCCAUUGGAGGUGCAAACCUUGGAACCAGAUUAUAUUGUCCUGCGCAAGAAUUUUUGUUCACCCUCAACUUCUAGCCCAAAAUGUGGUCUGCUGUCGGAUAGAAGAUCAAGCAAAGGGCUUACAAUUUCACAUUUUCGAUCCGUUGCGGCAGGGAUAUGGGAUUUUGUAGGCCAUCCUGCAAUUUUUCCAUCCAAAGAUUUCCUUAAAUAUGAUAACCUUUAUGAAAAAGAUAUCAUCUUUCGAUUGGACACUGAAAAUGAUGUACCAGCAGUAUAUUCUGGUGCCAAGAUCUUUCAGAAAAAUGCUGAUAUUAGACCCCAAUACUCAAAUACAUCAAUGAACAAUUUUGAAAAUCUAAAAAGGAUAAAGAAAAUGCUGUUUUUGGCUUCAUGUAAUAGGAACUUUAACAGCUUCAAUUUUCAGAGCACUGCCUUUUUAACUGGAGAAACCAAUCGAGCAGAUGGAGAGCCAAACAUAGAUUCUUCCAGUAGUAUGGCAGAAACAGCUACCAAUAUGACCCCCAAGCAUUACUUCGCCAUAAAAGAUAUUGGAAAAUUUAUUAAAAGUCAGUGCCAUGAAAUUGAUGAAAGCUGCACCAUUGGCAAAGUUUGUUCUGACUCACCUGACAUUCAAGGUACAGAAAACUUUGGCAAAUCCCAAGAAACAGAUUUUGUCAUAAGAAAUUCAGACUCAAACAAAUAUGGACAGAAGCCCACUAGCUCUCUUUCUUCUGAUCACACACUCCAGCCUUCAACUAGUACAAAGGAGGCCAUAACCAUUUUGAGACAAUCAAGUUCUGGACUCCAACCUACUAGUGAUAUGGAGAAGAAGCAUCUGCUAGGAAUUAUCAAAAGACUUGUAAAAAGGAUAAGUUCUUUGGCUCUUUCCCUUAUAGAAGAUUUUUCCCCGAAGUCUUGGUUGGUUAUACAAAAUAAGCUUCAACGUGCCUUCUCUAACAAUAGGCAUGCUGUAGCCGGAGCACUGGCUGGAACACUGGUUACACUUUGUCUGCAUCCUGUUGAUACAAUUAAGACUGUCAUUCAAGCAAAUGAAAUGGGUCAGAAAUCGUUUUAUGGCAUUCUCAGAAGAAUCAUAUCUCAACAUGGGAUAUUUGGACUUUACCGGGGAAUAGCUAGUAAUAUUACUUCUUCCGCACCGAUUUCUGCAAUUUAUACUUUCACUUAUGAAUCUGUUAAGUGUAAUCUUCUUCCUCUUUUGCCUAAGGAAUAUCAUUCUAUUGCACAUUGUAUUGCUGGUGGUUGUUCAAGUAUUGCAACCUCAUUUGUCUAUACUCCCAGCGAACGUAUAAAGCAGCAAAUGCAAGUUAGUUCACAAUACCAAAACUGUUGGAAAGCUUUAUUAGGAUGCCUUCGAAAGGGUGGCAUUCCUUCAUUGUAUGUAGGAUGGGGUGCAGUACUUUGCAGGAACAUUCCUCACUCUAUUAUUAAGUUCUAUACCUAUGAAAGUUUGAAGCAAUUUUUCUCAACAGCAUAUCCUGAUUCUAACCUCCAGGCUCUUCAGACGCUUCUUUGUGGAGGUCUUGCUGGAUCCACUGCUGCUCUUUUUACAACUCCCUUUGAUGUGGUGAAGACUAGGCUGCAAAUACAGCGCCAUUGCUCUCCUUCAUCAACUAUUCUUAACAGUGUUAGUCUUGUCGAGCCAAAGCACUCAGGGAAGACCGAGAAACUGGGCUUGGGCACUCGAGCGCCUACCAUGUGGGCAUUGCUUCUCAAAUUUGAAUUUAAAGUGGCGCUUCAAGAAAUUGCCAGACAAGAAGGCUUGCAGGGUCUAUACAGGGGCUUAACUCCAAGGUUAGCUAUGUAUGUCUCUCAAGGAGCAAUUUUCUUCGCUUCAUAUGAGUUUCUCAAAGCUGUUUUUCUUUUGGAGAGUCCUGAAGACGCAACUAAAAUGAAGGAAAAUGAGAUAUGUUUAGAUGAUCAGGCAGCAGCAGGACUACAGAAAUUACCGGCGUAGCUGAACAUCACACUUCAACUAAACUUCUUAUCCAGUUUUGUUGCAUUAGGAGAGAUGGAAUGGCUUCAAAUCAAUAGCAGCAUAUUGCCAAAAGCAGCUUGUUUUGAUUUCUUCCUUCAAUGUAAUGAAUAAUAGCUCCAAUUUUUCUGAGCUCCUUACAAGGAAUAAUGUUACGUGCGGAGUUAAGAUGUAGAAUUACAUCCGGACACUGCAAAAAUUAGAACGCUGUACUCGUUAUUUUUUGUGCUGUGUUCGGAUGUAGAAUUACAUCCGGAGACUGCAAGCUGAAUAUUUAUAUUAUUCAUGGUUAAAUGAAAAUGUAGAUGAAUACUUUAUAAUACAAAUUAUAUAUAAUUACAAAAUAAAUCCAAGAAA